CUCAAAGUGCACAAUAUGAAAUUAUUAGUUGUUUUUUGUUUGAUAGCAGGGGAAUUUUGCGGGACCCUUAGUUUAUUUGAAAAUAUUUGUCCACAAUCGGACACACCGAUUUAUUUACGAAAUGAAUACAAUUGUAGUGAGUUUUACCAGUGUGCUUCGGGAAAACUAGUUUUACUAAGCUGUCCAGGAAUACUUCAUUUCAAUGUUAAAUUGGACGUUUGUGAUCGACCUGAAAAUGCAAAAUGUGUUCCCACAACUGACCCAGCUGACAAAAUCACUGAAACUCCAAUGACAACUGAAAAAACAACGGACAAAACCACAACACUGCCCUUGCCUGAUUUUACCCUAUGUUCAUGGAGAGAUCAAGACUAUUACACGGACUAUCUAAAUGACUGCACAAAGGGUAUAUGGUGUGAACACGGAGUACCUUACAUACAAUAUUGCGAAGAGGGAUAUUGGUGGGACAAUAACCAUAUAUCUUGCAUUCCUAAAGAAGAUGCUGAUUGUCCAUGGGCAUAAAAACAUAAUUAUUAAUAAUUAAAAAUACAACAAUAUUUGUGCAGAACCUGUUAAAAAGGAACGACAGUGUAGGUAUAUACAAUUUA